GAUGAGCAGAAGCAUUCACCAUGGUGCAUGGACACCAGCUUUGAAACUCCCACGUCCCCCACCUUCCGUCCUCUCUCUGCUUAAACAAAUCCCAAAUUUCGGCACCAACAACUGCUGUCACUAGCAUUUUUCCAAAUGUACAAUCUACACUGCCUCAAUCUCUCCUAAUUUGUCGUUGUUACUUGGCGAAUCUAUAGAAUGGAUAUUCUGUUUGCUCAGAUCCAAGCGGACCUCCGUUCCAACGACGCUCUCCGGCAGUCAGGGGCGCUCCUGCAGGCGCUGCAGCAAUCAGCGGCAGGUCGAGAUAUCUCGGUGAUCGCGAAGUCCGCUGUGGAGGAGAUCGUAGCGGCACCCGCCUCCGCUGUCUGCAAGAAGCUCACCUUCGACCUCAUCCGCUCCACCCGCCUCACUGCAGAUCUCUGGGACACCGUUUGCCAAGGUAUCAAGUCCGAUCUCCACUUCCCCGACCCCGACGUCACAGCAGCUGCCAUUUCCAUCCUCGCGGCCAUCCCUUCUCAUUUGCUUGCCAAAUUAAUUACCGAAUGCAACUCCGAGAUCUCUGGUUGUUUCGACUCCCCGAGCGAUAACUUACGGUUCUCCAUCACGGAGACCCUCGGUUGUAUACUUGCCCGUGAUGACCUCGUGACUCUCUGCGAGAACAACGUCAACCUCCUCGAUAAGGUCUCCAAUUGGUGGUCCCGCCUAGGCGCAAACAUGCUCGACAAAUCUGAUACUGUUUCUAAGGUAGCAUUUGAAUCUGUUGGGAGGUUGUUUCAAGAGUUCAGUUCGAAACGUAUGAGUCGUUUGGCGGGUGAUAAAUUGGUUGAUAGCGAGAACUCGUAUGCCAUUAGGUCUAACUGGGUUUCUUCGAUGGUGGAUUUGGUGUGGAGGAAGAGAAGUGCCCUUAUGGCUAGAUCACUGAUACUGCCGGUGGAGAGUUUCAAGGCUACCGUGUUCCCAUUGGUGUAUGCCGUGAAGGCAGUUGCGUCAGGGAGUGUGGAUUCGAUAAGGAGGCUCUCCAAAGUUGCAAAUGCGUCCAAUGAAGUUGUGGCAGAGUCGAAUGCCGAGAAACUGGUGGGUGUCUCAGAUUUGUUUACGCAUUUAGCGCCAUUUCUGAAGUCGUCUUUGGAUCCAGCCUUGAUCUUUGAGACUGGUAUUAACAUGUUAUACUUGUCUGAUGUGCCGGGAGGCAAGCCGGAGUGGGCUUCUCAGUCAAUUAUAGCAAUUUUGACUCUCUGGGACAGGCAGGAGUUCUUUUCUGCACGCGAGAGUAUUGUUCGGGCUGUUGUUACGAAUCUUCACUUGCUUGAUCUUCAUAUGCAGGUUUCUUUGUUUCGGAAGUUGCUUCUCAUGGUGAGAAAUUUGAGAGCAGAAUCAGAUCGCAUGUAUGCUUUAGCUUGUAUAUGUCGGACGGCUCUCUGUGUUGAUCUCUUUGCAAAGGAGAGCGUCCGCAGGGGCCAGAAACCUGUAGCAGGAACUGAUAUUGCUUCUCUAUUUGAGGAUUCAAUAAUUAGAGAUGAGCUUAAUAGUGUAACAAAAAAAUUCUUAUUCAGGGAGGAGUUAGUUGCAUCACUGGUGGAAAGUUGCUUUCAGUUAUCUUUACCUUUGCCUGAACAAAAGAACUCGGGAACGGAGAGCAGAGUCAUUGGAGCCUUGGCAUAUGGAACCGGUUAUGGUGCUCUCAACUGGACUGAACCAGCUUUGGAAGUGGUGGAAGUUUGUAGGCCUUGUGUCAAAUGGGAUUGUGACGGGCGGACGUAUGCAAUUGACUGUUAUUUGAAGUUACUUGUUAGGCUUUGCCAUAUAUAUGAUACCAGGGGAGGUGUUAAAAGAGUGAAAGAUGGAGCAUCACAGGAUCAAAUUCUAAAUGAGACUAGGUUGCAAAACUUGCAACGUGAACUUGUGAAAGAUCUACGAGAGGUGAAUACUCCAAGAGUGUGUGCCCGCCUUAUUUGGGCAAUAGCAGAGCACAUAGAUUUGGAAGGUUUGGAUCCUCUUCUAGCUGAUGACCCUGAGGAUCCUCUGAAUAUUAUUGUAGCGAAUAUCCACAAAGUUCUUUUCAAUAUUGAUUCAUCUGCAAAUACUACUAAUCGGCUUCAAGACGUUCAGGCUAUACUUUUAAGUUCUCAGCGGUUGGCAUCACGUAACCUUAGGGCUGGACAGUUACUAACUAAAGAACUUGAAGAGUUUAGAACCAGCAGUUUGGCUGAUUCAGUGAACAAGCAUCAAUGCCGUUUGAUUCUACAGAGACUUAAAUAUGUUUCAGCUCAUCCAGAAAACAGGUGGCUAGGGGUUGGUGAAGCCAGGGGAGACUACCCAUUCAGCCACCACAAGCUUACUGUGCAGUUUUAUGAAGCAGCUGCUGCUCAGGACAGAAAACUGGAAAAUUUGGUCCACAAGGCUAUUUUAGAGCUUUGGAGGCCCGACCCUGGUGACUUCACUCUUCUCCUGACAAAAGGAAUCGAGGCUACAUCAAUUAAAGUUCCUCCAACUGCAUAUACUCUGACUGGUAGCAGUGAUCCUUGUUAUGUUGAAGCAUAUCAUUUGGCAGACUCAGGCGAUGGAAGAAUCACACUACAUCUAAAGGUUCUAAAUUUGACUGAACUUGAAUUGAAUAGGGUGGAUAUUCGUGUUGGGUUAUCUGGCGCCCUGUAUUUCAUGGAUGGGUCCCCUCAAGCUGUGCGACAGUUACGUUAUCUUGUUUCACAGGACCCAGUACCCUGCAGUGUGACUGUGGGGGUCUCUCGUUUUGAAAGAUGUGCACUUUGGGUUCAAGUCCUGUACUAUCCCUUUUAUGGCAGUGGUGCUGUUGGAGAUUAUGAAGGUGACUAUGCCGAGGAGGAUCCACAAAUAAUGAGACAAAAGAGAAGCUUAAGACCAGAACUGGGGGAGCCUGUGAUUUUGAGAUGUCAGCCUUACAAAAUUCCACUGACAGAACUCCUUUUACCUCACAAAAUUUCACCAGUUGAAUUUUUCCGCCUGUGGCCCAGUUUACCUGCUAGAGUGGAGUACACUGGUACUUACACUUAUGAAGGGAGUGGCUUCAAGGCUACUGCUGCACUACAGUAUGGGUCUUCUCCUUUCCUAAGUGGGCUUAAAUCCUUGUCUUCCAAGCCUUUCCAUAGAGUUUGUUCGCAUGUCAUCAGGACAGUGGCAGGAUUUCAGCUUUGUUAUGCUGCGAAAACGUGGCAUGGGGGCUUCCUGGGCAUGAUGAUUUUUGGAGCCAGCGAAGUGAGCAGAAAUGUGGACCUGGGUGAUGAGACCACCACCAUGAUGUGCAAAUUUGUGGUUCUAGCCUCUGACGCUUCCAUUACGAAGGAGAUUGAAUCAGACUUGCAGGGCUGGUUGGACGACCUUACUGAUGGGUGUGUUGAGUACAUGCCUGAAUAUGAAGUGAAGGUUGCUGCUGCAGAGAGACUUAGAAUCUCAAUGGAAAGGAUAGCCUUGCUGAAGGCAGCCCAACCGCCACCCAAGUCUGAAAUAUCAGAUGAUGCAGAAGAGAGUGAUUUAGAAGAAGAGGAAGAGGAAGAUGGAGAUAUAACAAAGAAAAAGGAGAAAAAGAAAGAAAAGAAAAAGGAUGGCGAGGAAGAAGGUAAACCUAAAGGACCCUCAACGCUGUCAAAGUUGACGGCAGAGGAAGUUGAGCACCUAGCUCUUCAAACAGCUGUGCUGCAGGAGUGGCACACGCUGUGUAAAGAUAGAAGCACUAAAGUUAAUUAACUACCGUCGGUUCUUCUGUGAGAAAGGUUUGGCGAGAUUUUUCAUAGUCUGAUGGAUUUUCUUUCGGUAUUUGUUGUAGGUGGCUAUGGAAAAGUUAAAUGUUUGGUGAUUAUGUUUCUUGUUUGUUCAAGUUUUGUAUGUCUUGUACCAGUAAUCCUAUGGAUAGAAAUCAUUUAUCAAAAAGCCAGGCUUUUCAUGUACUUUUGUGGUUUAGUAAAAGUUUUAGACGGGUAACUUUUGGUAUUGCUGUGAAUUUCAAUCAAGCAAGACAGGUUAAAUUUA